UCAUUUGCACUGUCAUUCCGCUUGGAGAUUUUAAAGAAAUAAAAUAAUAAUUCAAUAUGAAUUUGGCUCAAGAUAUGCCCCGUGCUGGCUUUAAUUUCGACAAUUGCCGGCGUAAUGCUGCCCUCUUGCAGGGAGGCUUCAAGCCGCCGACAACAACGAAAACGGGCACCACAAUUGUUGGCAUCAUUUACAAGGAUGGUGUUAUUUUGGGUGCAGACACGCGUGCCACUGAGGGACCCAUUGUGUCUGACAAAAACUGCGCUAAGAUCCAUUACCUGGCUAAAAACAUUUAUUGCUGUGGUGCCGGCACUGCCGCCGAUACCGAAAUGACCACGGAUUUGAUUUCGUCUCAGCUGGAACUCCACCGACUCAACACGGAACGCCAGGUGCCCGUGGUAUGCGCCAACAAUAUACUGAAGCAAAUGCUAUUCCGUUACCAGGGCCACAUUAGUGCUGCUCUGGUCCUGGGUGGUGUCGAUAAAUACGGCCCGCACAUAUAUUCCAUUCAUCCCCACGGUAGCGCCGACAAAUUGCCAUACGCCACCAUGGGCUCGGGCUCCUUAGCAGCUAUGGCCGUCUUUGAGAGUCGUUGGAGACCCGAUUUAACUGAGGAGGAGGGCAAGUUGCUGGUGCGUGAUGCUAUUGCUUCUGGUGUCUUCAACGAUCUUGGAUCAGGAUCAAAUAUUGAUUUAUGCGUGAUACGCAAGGAUAGCACCGAGUAUUUGCGCAAUUAUGAGCUGGCCAACAAGAAAGGCGUGCGCCAGCUGAACUAUAAAUUUAAGAAAGGCUCCACAGCGACACUGCACACAACAAUCAAAGAUUUGCAGAUCACUGAGCGUGUCCAGGUCGUGCCAAUGGAGGUAUCUUAAGGCAUGCGGCUUAGGUUUAAGUGAUAACAAACAAUGGAAUAAUGGUUUGAUGCGGUUCAAUGAACAAUAAAGCACUUCAUAUAAACUUA